CUUGAAACUAUAACUAAAGUUCAAAGAUUCUAUUCAAUUAAUGAUGAAUUAGAUAAAGAAGAGAAAGAAGAAAAUAUUGAUAUAAAUUUUAAAGAAGAUUUAGAAUCAGUAAUAGAUAUUAAUUUAAAUAUUACUACAACUUUGAAUUUAAAUGUUAUAAUUAUUAAUGAUAAUACAAAUUUUAAUGAAGAUAAUAAUCAAAAAGUAAAUUUAAAAAGUAAAGUAGAUUUUAAUUUGAAAAAUCUAGGUAGAUGA